AGUAGUGCCAAGUACCUGCACAAGGAGUUGCCUGUGCGCAUUGCCCACCGUAUCAAGGGCUUCCGCAGCCUUCCCUUCAUCAUUGGCUGCAACCCCACCGUCCUGCAAGUGGUGAGUCCCUUCAGGUUUUUUCUUUGUCUUUCUCUCCCUUUCUCCCCCUUGAUGAUGGUUUCUCUCUCUUUGCUGCUUCUCUUUGUCAACAUGUCUGGUUUACCUUUCUGGUGGUCCUCUGUAGCUCAAUUGGUAGAGCAUGGCGCUUGAAACGCCAGGGUAGUGGGUUCGAUCCCCGGGACCACCCAUACGUAAAAAUGCACACAUGACUGUAAGUCGCUUUGGAUAAAAGCGUCUGCUAAAUGGCUUAUUAUUAUUAUAAUAUAUUAUGGUGCAGUAACGGCCCCUUUGCAACUUGCGGGACAAGCCUCUCAUUCCAAUCAUUGUGCUUGUCUGGGAGAGGAGGGCAUGUGCUCGACAGGUGUCAGAAACAUAAUUGAGUCAGUGCCACUGUGCCUAUCAAAAUAGACUAACCUUGAACAGCCAUUAAUUGAGAAUGGACUUGUUACACGACUCUGCUAGCAUUUAUUAGCUUAGCUGCAACGCUUAGCUUCCUAAAUUCAUGAGAAGGGCUUCUUUAUCAUGUAACAAACAAAACCCCAUCUCUCUAUGCCUACAGAACUUUAAUCAAUUCGAUUAAGUCAUUUGUCUAUCAGCAUACCCAGAAAGUUCUUCUCCUAUAGAGCUAGAGUUGAAAAGACAGGCCAUCUGUGACAUUGGAGGCUUUCCUUUGUUCUUUAGCUGCCAUGUGCAGUGUUAUGAAACCUUUUCUACUCCUCCCUUUGGCAUCUCUUCUCUCCUCCCUUCCCAUGGCCUAUUUACUUCACCUGAGCGUCUUGACACUAGAUUAACUUUUGCCUAGAUUUUUCUCACACAGCACAGAGGUAUUUUGUGCAAAUGAAAUUGUGCCUGGAAUGCACGAUCAGUCGUACAAGGGAUGUAUACCUGUAGGCCUAGUGCUUUCUCAGAAUAUUCUCCUACCAAAAACACAUAACCAGUGAUGCACAAAUUACUGUACAUUCUGUUUUUGUUUUUUUAGAAGUGGUAAUAUUACUAAUUCACUCAAACAAUUACUUAGGAUUUGAGCAGUUGUGCAAUUGAGUCAUAUUGGAAGGCUAUAACCUCUUAAACAUCCUCUCUGUUCUUGGAACAUAGGCCAGGACACGUUCGCCCAUGGGAUGUGUUGUGGCCCACUUAUGGUGGCAUGGGAGGUUCCUCUUACCUAAGAGUUCUCAGAGGGAAUUCUAACCAACACCCACUCUCUGUUUCCCUCUCCUGCAGCAUGAGCUCUACAUUCGAGCCUACCACGUGUUGUGCGAUUUCCCAGUGGUAAGUAGUCAAACAGCCACACUGAGGAGUAGGUUGGGUUGGCCAAGUUCAAGCGCUUGACCCUCAGGGCUUCCAUAUUUAUCUCUGUCCCAGUCUCUGGAACUGGAGAGGCUGUCAGACUGGCCUGACACCUCCAGGCUGACUGUGUUUGUGGAGUGGGUAACAGGUGCACUAUCUCGCUUUAUUAGCUGGGUGCUCUGCUAUAUAAACACAGCAAAAAAAGAAACGUCCUCUCACUGUCAACUGCGUUUAUUUUCAGCAAACUUAACAUGUGUAAAUAUAUGUAUGAACAUAACAAGAUUCAACAACUGAGACAUAAACUGAACAAGUUCCACAGACAUGUGACUAACAGAAAUGGAAUCAUGUGUCCCUGAAAAAAGGGGGGGUCAAAAUCAAAAUCAAAAGUAACAGUCAGUAUCUGAUGUGGCCACCAGCUGCAUUAAGUACUGCAGUGCAUAUCCUCCUCAUGGACUGCACCAGAUUUGCCAGUUCUUGCUGUGAGAUGUUACCCCGCUCUUCCACCAAGGCACGUGCAAGUUCCCGGACAUUUCUGGGGGGAAUGGCCCUCGCCAUCACCCUCCGAUCCAACAGGUCCCAGACGUGCUCAAUGGGAUUGAGAUCCGGGCUCUUCGCUGGCCAUUGCAGAACACUGACAUUCCUGUCUUACAGGAAAUCACGCACAGAACGAGCAGUAUGGCUGGUGGCAUUGUCAUGCUGGAGGGUCAUGUCAGGAUGAGCCUGCAGGAAGGGUACCACAUGAGGGAGGAGGAUGUCUUCCCUGUAACGCACAGCGUUGAGAUUGCCUGUAAUGACAACAAGCUCAGUCCGAUGAUGCUGUGACACACCGCCCCAGACCAUGAUGGACCCUCCUCCUCCAAAUCGAUCCCGCUCCAGAGUACAGGCCUCGGUGUAACGCUCAUUCCUUCGACGAUAAACGCAAAUCCGACCAUCACCCCUGGUGAGACAAAACCGAGACUCGUCAGUGAAGAGCACUUUUUGCCAGUCCUGUCUGGUCCAGCGACGGUGGGUUUGUACCCAUAGGCGACGUUGUUGCCGGUGAUGUCUGUUGAGGACCUGCCUUACAACAGGCCUACAAGCCCUCAGUCCAGCGCCUCUCAGCCUAUUGCGGACAGUCUGAGUGCUGAUGGAGGGAUUGUGCAUUCCUGGUGUAACUCGGGCAGUUGUUGUUGCCAUCCUGUACCUGUCCCGCAGGUGUGAUGUUCGGAUGUACAGAUCCUGUGCAGGUGUUGUUACACAUGGUCUGCCACUGCAAGGACGAUCAGCUGUCCGUCCUGUCUCCCUGUAGCGCUGUCUUAGGUGUCUCACAGGACGGACAUUGCAAUUUAUUGCCCAGGCCUCAUCUGCAGUCCUCAUGCCUCCUUGCAGCAUGCCUAAGGCACGUUCACGCAGAUGAGCAUGGACCCUGGGCAUCUUUCUUUUGGUGUUUUUCAGAGUCAGCAGAAAGGCCUCUUUAGUGUCCUAAGUUUUCAUAACUGUGACCUUAAUUGCCUACCGUCUGUAAGCUGUUAGUGUCUUAACGACCGUUCCACAGGUGCAUGUUCAUUAAUUUUUUAUGGUUCAUUGAACAAGCAUGGGAAACAGUGUUUAAACCCUUUACAAUGAAGAUCUGUGAAGUUAUUUGGAUUUUUACGAAUUAUCUUUGAAAAACAGGGUCCUGAAAAGGGGAAGUUUUCUUUUUUUGCUGAGUUUAUAUGACAAUGACUUCAAAUGAAAUCCCAAGUUCAAGAACAUUGGGUAACGGUGGCACUCACCUAAUGUAUUUCUUUGACUGAAAGUAUCAUUGUUUGGAUGAAAAUUAUAAUAUUUUGAAUUGAUGUUUUUAUUGUUAUUUUUGCAGGAAUUGUAACAAAUCCAGCUGAGAUAAUUAAGGAAAAGUUCUAGCUACUUCUAGACUAUAUCUAGUUAUAUAUAUUUUUUAAAUGGUUGUAUGGGUCUCGAAAUGGUUGAAGUGUGGUUAAGAGCGUUGUGCCAGUAACCGAAAGGUCGCUGGUUCUAAUCCCCGAGCCGACUAGGUGAAAAAUCUGUUGAUGUGCCCUUGAGCAAGGCACUUAACCCUAAUUGCUCCUGUAAGUCGCUCUGGAUAAGAGCGUCUGCUAAAUGACUAAAAUGUAGAUCUGUGUGAGUGCCUUCGGAAAGUAUUCAGACCCCUUGACUUUUUCCACCUUUUUGUUGCCUUAUUCUAAAAUUGAUUAAAUAUUUUUUUUAAAUCAGCAAUCUACAAACAAUAUCCCAUAAUGACAAAGUAAAAACAGUUUUUUUGAUUUUUUUGCAAAUGUAUUAGAUUUAAAAAAACAUACCUUAUUUACAUAAGUAUUCAGACCCUUUGCUAUGAGACUCGAAAUAGAGCUCAGGUGCAUCCUGUUUCCAUUGAACAUCCUUGAUGUUUCUACAACUUGAUUGGAGUCCACCUGGGAUAAAUUAAAUUGAUUGGACAUGAUUUGGAAAGGCACAUACCUGUCUAUAUAAGGUCCCACAGUUGACAGUGCAUGUCAGAGCAAAAACCAAGCCGUGAGGUCGAAAUAAUUGUCCGUUGAGCUCCGAGACAGGAUUCUAUCGAGGCACAGAUCUGGGGAAGGGUACCAAAAAAUGUCUGCAGCAUUGAAGGUCCCCAAGAACACAGUGGCCUCCAUCAUUUUUAAAUGGAAGAAGUUUGGAACAACCAAGACCCUUCCUAGAGCUGGCUUCCCGGCCAAACUGAGCAAUCGGGGGAGAAGGGCCUUGGUCAGGGAGGUGACCAAGAAUCUGAUGGUCACUCUGACAGAGCUCCAGAAUUCCUCUGUGGAGAUGGGAGAACCUUCCAGAAGGACAACCAUCUCUGCAGCACUCCACCAAUCAGGCCUUUAUGGUAGAGUGGCCAGACGGAAGCCACUCCUCAGGAAAAGGCACAUGACAGCCCGCUUGGAGUUUGCCAAAAGGCACCUAAAGACUCUACGACCAUGAGAAACAAAAUUCUCUGGUCUGAUGAAACCAAGAUUGAACUCUUUGGCCUGAAAGCCAAGCAUCACGUCUGGAGGAAACCUGGCACCAUCCCUACGGUGAAGCAUGGUGUUGGCAGCAUCAUGCUGUGGGGAUCUUUUUCAGCCGCAGGGACUGGGAGACUAGUCGGGAUCGAGGCAAAGAUGAACAGAGCAAAGUACAGAGAGAUCCUUGAUGAAAACCGGUUCACUUUCCAACAGGACAACGACCCUAAGCACACAGCCAAGACAAUGCAGGAGUGGCUUCGGGACAAGUCUCAAUGUCCUUGAGUGGCCCAGCCAGAGCUUGAGAGGAUCUGCUGAGAAGAAUGUGAGAAACUCCCCAAAUACAGGUGUGUAGACUCGAGGAGACUCGAGGCUGUAAUCGCUGCCAAAGAUGCUUCAACAAUGUACUGAGUAAAGGGUCUGAAUACUUAUGUAAAUGUGAUAUUUCUGUUUUUUUAUUUGUAAUAAAUCAUCAAAUGUCUACCAAUCUGUUUUUGCUUUGUCAUUAUGGGGUAUUGUGUGUAGAUGAGGGGGGGGAAAACUAUGUAAUCAAUUUUAGAAUAAGGCUGUAACGUAACAAAAUUUGAAAAAGGUCCAGGGGUCUGAAUACUUUAGAAAGUGUUACAGCCUGAAUUUAAAAUUGAUUAAAUUCAGAUUUUGUUGCUGGCCUACACACAAUACCCCAUAAUGUCAAAGUGGAAUUAUCUUUUUAGAAAUGUUUACAAAUUAAUUAGAAAUCAAAAGCUGAAAUGUCUUCAGUCAAGUAUUCAACCCCUUUGUUAUGGCAAGCCUAAAUAAGUUCAGGGGUAAACAUUUGUUUAACAUCACAUAAGUUGCAUGUACUCACUUUGUGUUCAAUAGUGUUUAACAUGAUUUUUGAAGGACUACCUCAUCUCUGUAAACCAACAUACAAUUAUCUGAAAGUAUGAGCAGUGAAUUUCAAACACAGAUUCAACCACAAAGACCAGGGAGGUUGUCCAAUUCCUCACAAAGAAAGGCCCCUAUUGGUAGAUGGGUAAACCCCCAAAAAAAGCAGACAUUGAAUAUCCCUUUGAGCAUGGUGAAGUCAUUAAUUACACUUUGGAUGGUGUAUCGAUACACCCAGUCACUACAAAGAUACAGGCGUCCUUCCUAACUCCAUUGCCGGAGAGUAAGGAAACCGCUCAGGAAUUUCACCUAGAGGCCAAUGGUGAUUUUCAAACAGUUACAAAGUUUAAUGGCUGUGAUGGGCUAAAACUGAGGAUGGAUCAACGGCAUUGUAGUUACUCCACAAUACUAAUCUAAAUGAAACCGCGAAAAGAAGGAAGCCUAUACAGAAAAAAAAAAUAUAUUCCAAAACAUUCAUCCUGUUUGCAAUAAGGCACUAAAGUAAAACUGCAAAAAAUGUGGCAACGAAGUGAACUUUGUCCUGAAUACAAAGCGUUAUGUUUGGGGCUAAUACAACAUCAAUGAGUACCACUCUAUAUAUAUUUUUAAGCAUGGUGGUGGCUGCAUCAUGUUAUGGGUAUGCUUAUCAUCGGCAAGGAAUAGGGAGUUUUUUUUUGGGGGGGGGGGGGGUAAAAAGAAAAGGAAUAGAGCUAAGCACAGGCAAAGUCCUAGGGGGAAAAUCUGGUUUUGUGCUUUUCAACAGACACUGGGAGACGAAUUCACCUUUCAGCAGGACCAUAACCUAAAACACAAGGCCAAAUAUCCACUGGAGUUGCUUACCAAGCUGACAUUGAAUUUUCCUGAGUGGCCGAGUUACAGUUUUGGCUUAAAUCUAUGGCAAGACUUGAAAAUGUAGUAAAAUGUAAAUAGUUAUGUAAAUGAGAUCUUUCUGUUUCAUUUUCAUUAAAUGUUCAAAACAUGUUUUAUCUUUGUCAUUAUUGGGUAUUGUGUGUAGAUGGGUGAAUACUUUCCAAAGGCACUGUGUGUGUGUGUGUGUGUGUGCGUAAUAGAUAAACAGUUGAUUCAAGCCACUUCUGCAAAGUAUAUUUUAUCCUAGUGGAGAAAUUGACCAAUUCAUCUGACCGGAAUAAGAAUGGCAUUCAUCCCAGCUCUGAUUUUGAUAAUGGUCAAAUUCGAAUGGAUUUCACUCUGCGUCGUCUGUUUCUCAGAUCAAGGACCAGGAGAUGGAAGCUCGCUACAGUAAGCUGGUGCAGCAGCUCCUGGAUGACCACAAGGAUGUGGUCACUCUGCUGGCCGAAGGCUUCAGAGAGUGUCGGCGACACAUUCAGGUAAUGGCCAUGUACGUAGUGCAUAUAACGUCAGCUGAUUUCAAGUCAUUGACUUUCCACUUGAACAGCUGUUUUAUAGUCUUGCUGCUGCCAGUUAAAUGGAAUCCAACUUGAGGUUGUAGAUCUUUAUAUAAAUUGGUUAUAAGUUGGUUGUUGGAACUCUUUGUUUUGUAAUGUGACCGUAGGAUUGACAGAAUGGUGUAAUAAAUACCUGGCCUUAAGAAUGUUUUUAUUGAUGUUCCAGGAUGAGACCCUUGUCCGUAACUUCCUGGACACCACCCUCACCUCCCGCCUGGGGAUCCGGAUGUUGGCCACACACCACCUUGCCCUGCAUGAAGAAAAU